AUGUCGGAUGUGAUCCCACCGACGAACGAUGAAUUAGAUAGUAAUGCGACGUCAUCUUCCCAAAGACCACCAGCGGAUCCUUCUACAGACACCACUACGCAAGCCGAGCAGCAGCAGCAAACGGGUGCAACAAAUCAAAAUGUGCAACAACAAGCGGCACGUCUAAGACCACGACCAGGAAAUCAAGAUGGCGAUACGAUGGAACGUUUAUUUCAAGCCUUAUUUUACAGAAUAGCUGUACUUUAUGCACGUGCCAUAUCAAAAUAUAUUCGAAGAUUAAUUGAAUUUGUCUUUAUUCUUAUGGCUGUUGUGUCGUUAGCGUUAUUAAUUUAUUUACAUGCUGUUUUCAAUAAUAAACCAGUGACUUGUUUGCAGCAUAUUCAAAAUACGUGGCCAAGAUUCGGUGUUUUACGCGUGGAAUUAUUAGAAAAUGUUCCAUUAAAUUAUAAUUUACAAAAAUCUUAUGAUAAAGAAUUUCAGAAAACAUCAUUGGAUAACGAUAAUUAUUAUCAGACAGGAUCAGAUGAGUCUAUAGCGACAACAACUAUAACACCAUUGGAGGAUGAGGAGAUCGCAAUAGACGGAAUAGAAGAGCAACUUUAUGCAAAUUCAUCUAAUAUCUCAUUAAAUGACAGUUAUGAAGAUAUUUUAUCUUAUCAUGAACAAAUUAACUCUGAACAACAAAUAGUUGAGGUUAAUCAAUCAUCACUUAAUUUAACAUUUAAUGAAAAUAAAUAUUAUACAAAUGAGAAUAAUUUAUCUGAUACAACUAUUACAAUGACAACAACAAGUCCGUUAACAUCAGAGGCAAAUUUGGUCGAUUUGCCAGAUGUUGAAACGCCAACAUUUUUCGAAUCCUUUUUAUGCUAUUUUUUUGAUAUUGAUAAACUCAAACAUAUGUUGUUGGAAGAACAACAUAUAUUAGAGUACUCAUUGGAAUAUGGUUUACUUCGUUUAAGUCCGGAAGCACGAGAAAGAUUGAAUAUUAGUGUUAUGCUUGUUACACUAGAUACAAUGAAUAAUUCUUGUUUCGGAGACGGUAUUAGCAAAUUUAUGCUUGAUCAAUUUCUUGGUUACAAUGAGAUUCUUAUGUCAAGUAUAAAACAACUGGCAGAAAAAGAACCACAUAAAGGCUACGUUCGCAACGUAAUCACAGGUGAACAUUUUCGUUUUGUUUCUGCUUGGCAAAGUCGUAAAUGGUUUACAUACAUCAUAGCCUUGUGUAUAAUGGUUGUAUUUGUGAGUAAUUAUUUCAAUGUAGCCUUUAUCACCGUAUUCGAUUUAUUACGUAUGAUUGAACACAAUACAACAAUUGUUUUUCCAGCUGCACCUUUAUUAACUGUUAUUCUAGCGUUGAUUGGUAUGGAGGCGAUAAUGUCAGAGUUUUUUAACGAUGCUUCAACAGCAUUUUAUAUAAUACUUGUUGUAUGGAUUGCCGAUCAAUAUGAUACAAUAUGUUGUCAUACAGCAGUUAGUAAACGCCAUUGGGUCAGGUUCUUUUACUUGUAUCAUUUUGCAUUUUAUGCAUACCACUAUCGAUUCAACGGUCAAUACAGUGGACUUGCAUUAACAGCUUCGUGUCUUUUUGUCGUUCACUCAAUGCUAUAUUUUUUUCAUCAUUAUGAAUUACCCGUUAUCGAAGCACAACUUGUACAUAUAUUUCACGUCGAUCACAACGUAAUUAACGAUACGACGCCACCGCCAGUCUCAACUUCUCAAACGCAGACACCUGUUAGUGGAAAUGAAAUGUCUCUGUCUAGUCAAGAGGUUGUAUCUAACACAUCAACUGCGGCACAAGCAGCUCAAACGGAUGUUACACAGCCAACGAUUACAGUUGACGGUUGA